UCUCUCUCUCUCUCUCUCUCUUUGUGUUGCAAUGCAGAGGCCUACAAACUCGAAUCGAGCUUGCGACGACCACCAUGUCAUCGACAUAAUGCAGCAGUCGCAAGCCAAACACUCUCCAAGGAGGAAGACGGAGGGUCUCACCGACCUACCGCUUUUCGAGGGCCCUAGCCUCUACCAGAAGAUGUCGCGGUCCCGAUCAUCGGAGAAGUGGAUCCAUGUUAUUCCAGUGAUUGUGUUCCUCUGCAUCUUCAUCCUCUGGUGGUUCUCUUAUCAAGUAAACUUGGAAUUCAAAGAUGGCAGAAUCAUGGCAGUCCACAGGAUCGAGAUGGCAGAUCCUCUCGAUGAAACUCAUGUUGAAUUCACCAUCCUGGCAUCAACUACUCCACCAAAUACCUCUAUUUCUCAGAUUCCGACACUGAGCAUUGAAACUGAAGCACAACCGGUGAGUCCAACUGAUUGAAGUCUUGAAGAAUCAUUUCUUAUGUACUGAGAU